AUGGAUCCAAGUUUAGAAUAAAUAAACUCCUACUUUGCAUUCUCUCUCUCUAAGAACUUAUAUUAUUCUUUAUUCUUGGUGGUUUAUAACCAUCAAAUUGGUGCUUUCAUUAAGAGCUGAGGAACGUACUCGUAGGUUAACUCCCGAAUGCGAGAAUGGUGCAAACAAGGAGCAACGUCCCCACCACUAGCCACGUCGGUGGCGAGGAGAUCGCGCCGGGCAGCGGCAACGGCACGAGUGGCAUCGCUUUGACUCCGGACACGGUCCAGGCGUUGUUCGGCUUGGGGGUGACCACGGAGCAACUCCAGGUGGCCGUUGCGGCACUUUCCGCCAUGAAUAACGUGCCCGGCGCCGGAGCUGGCAAAGCUCCGCUCGGUCACCACACCGAGAACGCUGCCACUUCCCAGCACAAGGGGAAGAAGACUCGGAGGAGCAGGAGGAGGCCCGAAAAGGGCCCGAUGAUCGAGGAGGUGUUGGUGGAGGACAUCCCAGAAGGGGAGGACGAUGAGGCCAGUGAGUGUAGAGUCUCGGCCUUCAAACGCUUGGGAGGCGAGGAGACCCGAGUGUCGGCCUUCGACCGGCUUAACCGCGGACCGGAAGGCCGCCCAGUUCCGCUGCCGGCAAACUUCCGUCCGUGGCAGAUCAAGGCUUACAGCGGGACGACGGACCCCCAGGAUCAUUUGUCAAAGUUCUAUGCUUCGAUGGAGGCGGCGGCAGCCCCGGACGAGGUCAAGUGCGGGUGCUUCCUCGCGACGCUGGAGGGCUCCGCAUGCGAUUGGUUCAACCGGCUCCCAAAGGGAACCAUUGACGAUUGGAAUACACUGGUGGAGAAGUUCUUGACGCAUUUCGCGGCCAACCGAAGGCAAAGGCUACCCUACUCCCACCUGCUCAACGUAUGCAUCCGCAUAGGAGAGAAGGCCCGCGACUUCAUAACCCGGUGGGAGAAGGAGGCUAGGGACGUGCACGGGGCGGAUGACCAAGCUUUGGUGGCCAUGUUCCAAGCAGCCCUUCCCCGUGGAGAGGUUUGGAAGGAGCUUUGCAAGAAUCCUCCCCCCACGUACCAAGAAACCCUGGCGCGCGCUAAGUUCUUGGCCUCGGAAGAGUUCGAUGAUGCUCCCGACUCUGAGGCCGCGCCAGCUAAGCGAGCUCCCGUAGACUCCGGAGAGGCCGCGAAGAAGAGGAAGAAGAAGAAAGACUACACCGCAGGUCCGAGGACGCCCUCGGCUGGUGUGUACUCCGUGGGUGCGCCCAUGGGAACGAAGGAGAUGCAGCGACUCAUUGCACGAGGACCCGCUCGGCGAGACGACGGAGCAGCCCCUUCCCGGGGUCCGCCGGAAGGAAGAACUUGGAGAAAGCCAACCGAGCUGGUCGCGGUGGCCACGCAAACAAGGAACCCCGAGAAGAGGCACAUUGGGCGAGAGUGCGAUGAUCUAGAUGAGGACGAAGCUCAAAAAUAUCCAGUGGGAUUUAUCCACGGAGGAAACAUUGGUGGGGACUCCGUCGCUCAAAGGAAGAGGUGGAAGCACAUGGCCUUCAUCGCCAAAGUUCAUCAGGCACCGGAGCCCAAGCUCGGAAGACGAGAGCAAAUCCAAUUCACGGAGAAGGAUCUUCCGAACACGCUAAGCCCCCACCGAGAUGCCUUAGUUGUGAAGAUAGAGAUUAACGAUGCCAUAGUGCACCGCACCUUGGUGGACACUAGAAGCUCAGUCAACAUAAUGUAUGAGAAAACCUUCCAAGACCUCGGCUUGAACCGCAAGGACUUAAGGCCCGUGUGCACUCCCCUCUCCGGGUUCACGGGGGACUCCAUCGAGGCCAAAGGAGUCAUCGCUGUACUCGUGAUAGUAGGGGAUGGUGUGCACAAGGCCAAGUUGAAGAUGGAGUUCAUGGUUGUAAGCAUCAGUUGCGCGCACAACAUGAUCCUGGGACGGCCCGGCCUUGAGGACUUGGAAUGUGUGAUCUCCCCAUACUACUUGUGUAUGAAGUUCCCCACUCCUUCGGGAAUCGGGGUGGCAAAGGGAGACCAAAAGUUAGCUCGAUCGUGCUACGUCUGCAUUACAAAAAAAUUGCCAAGGGAUGAAACGUUGGUCGUGCACGCACAGGAGGAAAUGCGGAAGCUGGAAGCACGGCCAAAGGCCGAGCCCGCCGAGGAGGUCGAGGAGGUGCCGCUCGAUCCUCGGACACCCGAGCGGAAGGUGAAGGUCAGGGCGAGCCUAACUAGGAGCCAGCGGAAGCGCUUGGUGGACGUGCUCUCUGCCUACCGCGUGAUCUUUGCAUGGGGCCCCGGGGACAUGCCGGGGGUGGAUCCCAAGGUCAUAUGUCACCGCUUGGCAGACAAUCCGGAGGCUAGGCCGGUGAAGCAUAAGAAGCGGUUCCUCUCGUCCGAGCGGAGGGAGUUUGUCUCCAAGGAAGUGGCCACCCUCCAGAGCAUUGGGCAUAUCAGAGAGGAGUCCCAACAGCCCAUGUCCAAGUGGGCGGUGUUCCUUGGAGCCUUCCAGAUCGAGUUCAAGCCAAGGCCGGCGAUCAAGGGACAAGCGCUGGCCGACUUCGUGGUAGAGUGCACCGCUCGAGAAGAGUCGAGCCCGGAACUUGAAACCGAUGAUUGUUGGACAGUUUUUACCGACGGCUCCUCUGCCGCCAAAAACUCGGGGGGUGGAGUGGUAGUCAUCGCUCCCGAAGGCUUCAGAGCAUAUUACUCAGUCCGAUUCGGCUUCAAGGCAUCGAAUAAUGAGGCGGAAUAUGAAGCGCUCUUGUUCGAGCUACGCUUAGUAGCUGGGAUGAACGCGACAAAGUUAAGGAUAAACUGUGAUUCAAAGUUGGUGGUUGGCCACGUCUCGGGAGAGUUCGAGGCGAAGGAUGAAAGAAUGAAGAAAUACAGAGAUAUGACUUUAGAACUUCUUAAAAGCUUCACCGCAUAUAGUGUCGAGCAGAUAUCCUAUAGAAGCUGAGCUUAGACACGCCCGAGCACAUCAGGCGGAUGGCAAACAUGGAAGAGCUGUCCGAGCCGAGCAUCCUUGCCUUCCCCGUGGCAAUGAUCUGUGCUCGGCCUAGAGAUUGGACGGACGACAUGUUGUAUUUAGGUGCCCUAGCGGCAAUCAAAUACCUAUGUAACU